CUAAAGGUGAGAUUCGACAUGGAUAUCAAGUGCGUUCAGGUGAACGCAGUGGACACGUGACGACGCUAAAAUGGAUAGAGCUCUCUGCUUUUGCUGCGCGCCAACACUUUCGCGCGACACCCCCAUUGACAACCGAACAACCUGUCAAUAACAUGUCGUGGCGCAACCAAGGCAUCACCGGCUCGAACAACAUUCCCCUUGGCACGCGACGCCGCUUCGGUGGUGAUGACGAUGCAGGAGGUUACAACCCUUCUGCGCCGGCUGAAGGUUUGUCUGAGCUGAAGCGUGGGCGCAGCCCAGAGCGAGGUAAGUUCUCCCGACUCAUCUCACGUACUUUUACUAAGGACUUGUCCAAAGCUCCCGACGGCCCUAGGCAGCGCAAGAAGCGCAACCGAUGGGGAGAUGCGAGCGAGAACAAGGCUGCCGGUCUGAUGGGUCUGCCCACAGCUAUCUACUCGGCCAUGACUACAGAGCAGCUUGAUGCCUACACCUUGCACUUGCGUAUCGAGGAGAUUACGCAGAAGCUGAAGAUCAACGACGUGGUCCCAGCUGAUGGCGACAGGUAAGCGUCAACACGUUCACACGGCACGAAAUCAGUACUGACUGCAACAGGUCCCCUUCGCCGCCGCCUCAGUACGAUAACUUCGGUCGACGUGUCAACACGCGCGAGUUCCGUUACCGCAAGCGUCUCGAAGACGAGCGCCACAAACUCGUCGAGAAGGCCAUGAAGACGCUUCCUAACUACCACCCACCUGCCGACUACAGGAGGCCUACUAAGACACAGGAGAAGGUCUAUGUGCCAGUCAAUGACUACCCG